AUGACACUCGCCAUCCCCACCAUCGACAUCUCACCAUUUCGAAAAGACCCAUCUUCGGCCGAGGCCCAAAAGGUCAUCGAAGGAGUGCGCGCUGCUUGCACCACGUACGGAUUCUUUCAGAUAGUCGGCCAUGGCGUGUCUCGCCAAGCGCAAGAAGACGUGCUCCGCGGUGCCGCCUCUUUCUUCGAGCUCCCGCUGGAGACAAAGCAGACAGUCGACCGGUCGCAGCCCGGAUCGUGUGGUCGAGGAUAUGAGUUGAUGCACUCUCAAGAGCAGACAAGAGGCGAGGGGGGAGACUUCAAGGAGGGAUAUUACAUUGGUCUCGUCGACGUGCCGAAAGACGACGAUAUGACGAAGGCCCAUCCUCACUUCGUCGGCCCCAAUCGUUGGUUGCCGCCAUCUAUCCAGCCCUUCUCCGUCUUCCGCGAGCCGGUCGACCGCUACCUUGCUGAGCUCCGCCCAGUGGUCGAUGUCAUGUUCGCCAUCGUCGCCGCGGGCAUGCCAUACGGGCCGCAUGUCUUCGACCACUUUCUGACCGGAACUCCCAUAGCCCUGCUCAGUCCCAAGCAUUACCCGCCCGUCAACUCUGGGCCGGGCCUGGGCUCGGGCGCGCACACGGAUUUUGGCGCGCUGACACUGCUGCUGCAGGACGAGCACAGCGGGCUGCAGGUCCAGCACGGCAACUCCUGGAUCGAUGUGCAGCCAAACCCGGACGCCUACGUCGUCAACAUCGGGGACAUGCUACAGCGGUGGACGCGGGGCGAGUACAAGAGCACCGUCCACCGCGUCGUAGCGCCCACGGGCGACACCCACCGCUACAGUCUGCCCUUCUUCUUCAACGGCAAUGUCGACGCGAAGCUGGCACCUCUUGACGGAGAGGUCAGGAACGGGGAGAAGGUCCUCACCGUGGAGGAGCAUAUGCUGGAGAGGUUCAUGGCGACGUACUUGAAGGAGGAUCAUUGA